ACAUACCACCACAGACGGCGCUGUCGCGUUGUGUCGUUUCAAUAGAGACCGCAGAGUUCGGGCGCUCUUUACUUUCAGGAAGUUGCUGUCAGAGGGACUGCGUUAUUAGGGAAAGCGCUCUGCAGCUUUGUCUAAAUGGCUGAACCCAGAGGAUCUUCCAUAGAUGGGAAGCUGGCGGAAGAAUUUGCUGCUCCCUCCCAUGUUGAUGAGGUGAAGGAGAAGAUGUCUGCCUUCGCCAGGCGUCACGCAGACGCAGGUCGGCGGGUGGUUCUCAUCACAUCAGGAGGCACCAAGGUUCCCCUCGAGUCGCGUACGGUGCGAUUCCUGGAUAACUUCAGCAGCGGCAGACGAGGAGCCUCAUCGGCAGAGUACUUCAUAGACUCCGGCUACGCUGUCAUUUUCCUGCACAGGCAUCGCUCUCUCUACCCCUACACACGAAUGUUUCUACCCGUCAACCUGUUAGAGGCUCUGCAGUUCAGAGGUGGAGAAGGAGCCUCUGGAAACACCGGUGAAGUGGUGGUUAACCAGCAGCUGCUCCCAAACGUCGGCAAAGUACUGAAGAGGUAUAAUGAAGUGAAAGAAGGAGGACUCCUGCUGCCCAUCGAGUUCAACACUCUGUCAGAGUACCUGCAUUUGCUCAAAGCUGCAGCACAGGAGCUCAGCUCAAUAGGAUCUUUGGCCAUGUUCUACUUGGCUGCUGCUGUGUCUGAUUUCUACAUCCCUGCAUCAGAGAUGCCUGAGCACAAAAUCCAGUCUUCCAACGGUCCUCUUCAGCUCAGCAUGAAAAUGGUCCCAAAGAUUCUGUCCCCUCUGGUCAAGGACUGGGCCCCUAAAGCGUUUGUCAUCUCCUUCAAGCUAGAGACUGAUGCAUCCAUCCUGCUUGACAAGGCUCGACGGGCUCUGGACGCUUACAGGCACCAAGCAGUUGUGGCCAACAUACUGGACUCCAGACGGGGUCACGUGGUGGUCGUGACCCCCGACACUCAGACCGAGCUGACCCUCAAUGAAGAGGACGCCAAGAAUGAGGUGGAAAUCGAGGAGAAGAUCGUCAGCAACCUGAUAUUUGCUCAUACAAAGUUCAUAAACCAACCAAUCGGCUGACGGACGGGUUUAGUCUGUGCUGCUGAUCGAUCCUGCUUCAGUUUGUCCUUUAUUUCUCUGAUUCCAGAAGCUUUGCAAUUAAACAAAAUGCCUUCGUUUA